AGCAUUCCCGCAGGAGGAGACAGGAGGCUGCAAUGCAACGGCCACGCUUCAGACCCCCAGGCCUGCAAAGCCCCUGGUACCACACCCCAGCCCCCAGCGGGACUGUGCACAGCCGCCCACAGAGGAAGUGCUCCCAGCACACGAGUGAAGGAGUGAACCCAGGCACUGCGUUCAUUGCAGGGCAGUAGGGCCACCUGGAGGGAAGACGUGGCAGCUGGUGGCCUCCUGCUAAGUGGACAGAGAUGCCCUGAGUGUCCCUGUGCUCCAAGGACAUGACCUCCUGACCUUGACCUGCUCCCUCUCACUGCCUCCCUCCUGCUCUCUGCACCUGUCCCCAGCUCGGGGCCAUGACACCCCGUGCAAAUGGAACCCUCUCGGGGAAGUCUCUGCAGGAGUUUGUGCUGGAGGGGUUUCAGGGUGGGCUGCAGACCCCGGCCCUGCUCUUUGCCCUCUUCCUGGCCCUGUACUUGGCGGCCGUCCUGGGGAACCUCACCAUGAUCGUGGUCAUCACCCUGGACGCCCGUCUGCACUCCCCGAUGUACUUCUUCCUCAAGAACCUCUCCUUCCUGGACCUGUGCUACUCAUCUGUCAUCUACCCCAAGGCCCUGGCCAACGUCCUCUCCUCAGCCAAGGUCAUCUCCUUCGGGGGCUGUGCCUCCCAGUUCUUCUUCUUCUCCAUGAUGGGCACGACUGAGACUCUUCUCCUGACCGUGAUGGCCUACGACCGCUUCCUGACCAUCUGCAGCCCCCUGCACUAUCCCAUCACCAUGUGCCCCGAAGCCUGUGCCCGCCUGGUGCUGGGCUGCUAUGGUGGAGGCUGCCUCAACUCUGGGGUGCAGACUAUCCUCACUUUCCGCCUCCCCUUCUGCAGCUCCAACCACAUCGACCACUUCUUCUGUGAUGUGCCCCCCCUGCUCCUGCUCGCCUGUGCUGACACAGCCAUCAAUGAGCUGGUCAUGUUUGGCAUCUGCGGGCUCAUCAUCGUGGGCACCACACUCGGGGUCCUCAUCUCCUAUGCCUACAUCACCGUGACCAUCCUGAGGAUGCGCUCGGGAGCAGGCAGACACAAGCUCUUCUCCACCUGUGGCUCCCACAUGACGGCCGUGUCCCUCUUUUAUGGGAAUGUCUUUGUCAUGUAUGCCCAGCCGGGAGCGGUGGAGUCCAUGGAGCAGGGCAAGGUGGUCUCUGUCUUCUACACCCUGGUCAUCCCCGUGCUCAACCCCCUCAUCUACAGUCUGCGGAACAAGGAGGUGAAGGAGGCCCUGUGGAGACUGGGGCACAAGCACACUGCACCCUGAGGGAGGGUGACCUGGGAGACAGUGUCCUGAGU